UCUAGCGUAUUUUGUGGGAAACGCAGAACCACAACAAAUAUAAUGUGAGGUUAUGCGCGGCUUCACGCGUGGAAAAGUGAAAAUACAAACAUGGAACUUUCCUUCAAUCAGAAACUCUUCAAUUUCUUGCGAGAUGAGGAUUGCUGCCUCACUUGCUGUCUCAGGUAUCUCAAGGGAUUCGGAAGUGAGUUCACAGACGUCAAGGCAUCGCUUAAGAAGAAAGGAAUUGUGCUGCCGGAGGAGAAAGAGGAUGAGGACAGCCCACCCUGCUCAUGCUGUCUGGGUCUCUUCUCUGAGAUUAGCAUCUGUAAUGCAACAGCGGAGAUUUACAAAGACAUUCAGUUUGAGAAAUUCUACUGUGACAAGUUUGUCUUGUCCAUCUGUCUUCCGGUGGGAUUGGACGUCCGGCAGUUGAUAGUGUGGAUCAAGCUGAUAAGACACUUUGGGAAUGCCAUCAGCAAAGAGGAACGACUGGACACUUCUCUUAAGGACACUUUGAGGGCAAUCAUGAUUCCUGUGUUGUGUGAAAGACUGAACGCUAAGUACGACAGGGAAGGAGUCUUCAUUUCCCUGCACUUUGACUAUGGCUUUGCCGACAGAGAGGCGGAAAUUCUGGCCAAGAUAAAACCACAGUGUUUCCAGAGCAUCAAAGGAAACAAAAAAGCAAAGACGGACGUCAAUCGAACUGCCGUGGAAAGGUACUUUGUGCCCUCGAGACUGACUGAGGAGGAGUGGGACAGGAUUUUGCAGCUUCCCGCCAAGUCCGGAUGGCUCUGUCACACGUGGUACAGCGGAGAUGACAGGAAUCUUCGCGUGCGCGAAGUGACCUACACAGGACCGACGAUCUUCUUCGCCGGAAGAUACUUGAAGCUGUCGCGAGAACUCAGCCAGACGCCGUGGAUUCUUAAUGAUGAGCGAAUGGUGCUGCACAGCGUCCAGGAGACGAUCAUGGCGAGUCUGAAGGGGAACUUCAAGGGUGGUCCGCUGCAGAUGACUGAGAUUCCGGUGCGCUUCUCCUCCAGCGGCAGAGAAGACGUCGACGUGCGGUGUCUGGGCAGAGGAAGACCCUUUGUGAUCGAAGUCUCCGACUGUUGUCUCUCCGAACUGCUGCCCGCGUGGGCGCUGGAGAUCCAGAGGAGCAUCGCCAAGUCCCAGACAGUCGCCGUGACGAAUCUGCAGAUCGUGGAUCGCAGCCAGUUGGUGCACAUCAAGGAGGGCGAGGAGAGCAAGAGGAAGAUGUACAGAGCGCUGUGCCAACUGGAAACGUCCGCGACUCUCGCCGUGCUGCAGAAGUUGAACAUCUGCGAGGCGUUCACGGUGAAGCAAUUCACGCCCAUUCGCGUGCUGCACAGAAGACCGCUCAUCGAGCGGCCGCGCGUGAUCUUCAGCGUGAAGGCGCGGCUGUCCAGAGGCCACGAUCGUCUUCUGGUGAUCGACAUCCAGACGCAGGCCGGCACGUACGUGAAAGAGCUCGUGCACGGCGAAUUCGGGCGCACUUCUCCCAGCUUUGCCUCGAUCAUUGGUCAGAACAUUGAUAUUCUGGCGCUGGACGUGAUGGACAUCGACAUCGACUGGCCGCCGCCGGUGAUCGGCGAUCUGGUGAAAUGAGAGAAGGAAAUAAAGUGACGAAAUGAGAAACUUCCCGUCCAGGAAAAACACCCAUUUUAGCACACAAGAAGAGAGCAGAGAAACAGUUGUUUUGCAGACGGAAAAUGACUCGAGCCUAACGAACAAACUCAUUUUUUGGUGGGGUUUUUUUUAUUCAACUCGAUAAAGUUUGCACGAAAGGCUAAAGUAAUUCACAGUCUGGAAUGCAAAUGAAUUUAAAGAGUUCUUUUCUUUCCCUUAUCGCGUGGCCACUGGAAAAGGCAGCAAAAGUGAAACUGCCAAGAUGUUUCGGGCGACUGACGUGAAGAAUGGUAUCGCGUCUGUUUUCCACCGUGUCAUCUCUUAUCACAAAUGUAAAAAUUUUUGUAUACAUGGUGUGGAAAAGUAUGUUUUCUUGGACAAAUUGUUGCUACACAUCGAAACGAUUGCUCGUAUUGAGUGCAAACA